CCCCUGCACUCGUCCCCCUCCAGCGCCGGCUCCGCCGCCCCGCCCUACACCCCCGACGCCUACCCCCCCAUGUCCCCCUACAGCUCGCCCUACAUCCAGGGCACCUCCGCGUCCCCGACCUCCCCCUCGCACAUCGCCCGCCAUCCGGGCCAGUACGACGGGCAGGCGGCGCAGACGUGCCAGCCGCAGCUCCAGCGCUCGGUGAUCGCGCUCGCGAGCGCGCUCGGGCACCCGCGCGGGGGCCUGUUCGUGCCGCAGAAGACGUACAAGCCGCACACGCUCAGCGACCGGCGGCGGUACGUGGAGGAGGUCAACCUGGAGGCGCCGAUCAUGUUCCUCACCCAUGGCCCGCACGGCUGCGGGAUCGCGCUCGAGGACGCGAUCAAGCAGCGGUACAGCAGGCUCGAGGGCCGGGACGACCCCAUGUUCGAGGGCCGGGGCCCGUCGGUCUCGAUCCGGUUGAACUGGCCUGGGUACGCGCCCUGGAGCCGCCAGAUCCCGACGCGGGAUUUCCGGAGCCCGCCGCACCCGAUCACGCGGGCGAAGCUGGCGAAGAACGUGGCGAAGACGGUGAAGCGGUUCAUCGAGGAGAUGAGCACCCAGAAGAUGGAGGACGCGGCGGAGGCGGACUGGAAGGUCGGGGGCAAGCACGGGAUCGCACUCGAACACCUGAUGCUCGUCGGCCUCCAGCACGUCUCCAUGGGCUCCUGGCAGGCGCACGUCCGGCUUAUCAGGUCCUACUGA